AUGUCUGGCCUUGAGGCCAUCGGUGUAGCGGCCAGUAUUAUUCAAGUUGCAGAUUUAGGCGCCAAAUUAUCCGUCAAAUUAUUUUCCUUCUACCAGCGAGUCAAGAAUGCCAGUGACUCUGUUCAGCUCUUGUCGAACGAGAUCGCGCUCGUCAGCGCCAUUCUACGCGAGCUAGGGGAUAAUCUGAAAGAGGAAGAGGCAUCGAAACUCUGUUCAAAGGAAGCUUUUCGCACAUUGAAUGUUGUUCUCGAUCAGUCUCGGGAUGUACUUGGACAAAUUCAAAAAGUCAUCGAUGAUAAUGGCCAGCGGGGCAAAGGUCGAUUUCAGCAGGUUGCGGGCAAGCUGAGGAUAGCAUAUCACGAGUCCAGUCUUGAUCAACUAAAGACCAGCUUAGAGAGGUUAAAGGCUACGAUGUUACUUCUACUAAAUGUGAUCACUUAUGCGGGCCAGAUUCGCAGAGACGGAGUCCCAACCUUAGUCCGGGAGCAGCGCGACCUGAUUCAAACACUCUUGCAAGGCCAGAAGACUGACAGCCAAAUACCGCAAGCCUCGGAUUCGACGGGUGAAUCCGAGGAAUAUUUCGUACCACCGCCACCCCAGAUUGAUCCCUUUUAUAGCAGCACCGAUUUCUCUCCUGGUCAGAGGGGUAUAACGCCCUGUCAUCAGCCAACUCGAAGAAAUCGUCCUCGCUCUCCUGGUGUGAGGAGCUCGCCAAAAGCCCCUGUGAACGAAACAAGUCAAAGACCUCAACAGACGGCAGAAUCCGCCGAAGUCAAAGAGUACAAUCUCCUCAUAAGGUCUAUGCUCGUCGAGAUCGAGUCAUGCAAGCAAAAGCUCAAGGGUGACAGGCACUCGCGAAUCAAAGACGGAAUCUUAAACAUUCACGCUGGAGAAAUCAUGCGAUUCCAAAUCGAAUACGGGCAUUUCAUCCCCGUUGAUCAAUCACUUUUCACGUAA